AUGGCACUAAGUAGAAGCACGAGGAUGACGGCUCUCGCCCAGAAUAUUCGGGCGGUCCGGUUUCAUCUUAUGACGUUGUUUCUAUUCACCAAGACCGACUUUAAAGCGGUAAUCCUGCCGCAAAGCUUAUUCGCACUUGCAAUAUUUCCCAUGAGGGUCCAGUCGGGACUGGAGCCGCGAUAUCUCUCUGGAUUCAUACCUCCGCGAAUGCCGUACGCAGUGGCCUGGUUAUGGCUACACUUGCUCGUCGAGAAUAUCUCGAACCAAAGGCUGCCCGCCUCUAUAUUGGAAGACAAGGCCAACAAGCCGUGGCGGCCCAUACCAUCCGGCCGGCUCACCGCGGCGGAAGCAAAAGGUCUCUUGCGAGCACUUGUCCCGCUAGCCCUUCUUGCGAGCGUAUUGAUGGGCAGUUUCACACCGAGCGCAGCCCUCCUGACCCUGAUCUGGUUAUAUAACGACCUGGAGGGCAGCAGCAUUGAUCCGUUGCAACGGAACGUGAUCAACGCUGCUGCAUUUGCGUGUUUUGGUUGGGGAGGUGCUGGCGUGCUUCUCUCGGGAUCCUCUGAGAAUGAGGAGCUACAGCGAAACUGGGGUGUGCUGACGACCGCUGCUGUAAUGUCAACGAUACAUGUACAAGACUUUCCCGAUAUGGUUGGAGACACAGCUAGUGGUCGCAGGACGGCACCGCUCGUGUAUGGCGAAGGGUUAGCACGUUGGAGCUUAGCUGUGCUAGUGCCUUCGUGGUCAAUAGCCUGCUUGGUAUUCUGGGGGGUGCCUCUCCUUGCUUGGGUGGCAUUACUAGGUAUGGCAUCCAUCAUAGCUGCUUUUACUCUGACCCGGAGGUAUUAUGCUUCCGAUGAGCUUGUAUGGAAGUUGUGGUGCUUUUGGCUUUGCGUUGUGUAUCUCCUACCAUUGUUUAGCAAUAGGAUGGAGUAG